AUGAACCUAGUGGUCCCAGGUUGGGUGUCUGCGUUGCAGGUGCCGCUGUCGGAGCCGGAGCGCGCGGCGUGGCGGCUGCGCGAGGCGUGGCUGUGCGGCGGCGCGCUGUCGCCGUUGCCCGCGGCGCUGCUGUCCUCGCGCCUGGGGCCGUCGCGAGUCGCCGGCGCCGCGCUGCUCGCCGCGGGCCUGCUGCAGCCGCUGACGCCGCUCGCCUGGCUCACCGCCUACCACUGGCUGCUCUGCGCCGCGCAGGGCUUCGCCGUGGGCGCUGUGUGGCCUUCCCUACACGCCCUAGGAGCUGCCUGGUACCCUCCACUUCAGCGCACCGGAUACAUCGCUCUUUAUUCCAGUGCGGCGUUGGGCCCGGUGCUGGCUUCGUGUCUGGGCUGGUGGCUGGGCCGCGACGGGCUGGGCUACGCGCUGUCGCUGUCGUCGCUGCUGUGGUUCCUGGCCUGGCAGCAGAUGGUGCGCGACCGCCCGCACCAACACCCCAGACUCUCGCCCGAUCAGUGCUCCAGCCUCGCUGCCGCUAUCGGACCUUCCUUCUCCAGCGGACCGCCGCCGGCCGUGCCGUGGCGUCGCCUGCUGACAUCAGGGCCGGUCUGGGCAUGUGCCACCGCGGUGGCCGGCAGUCUAUGGGGACGUGCCGCACUCUUGCUGGCGGCCACCAAGUACCUGCGCCACGUGUACGGCUUCGCCCUCACCUAUGACCGCGUGCUGUCGGUGCUGCCACACGUGGGACACGUGGCGACGGCGGUGCUACUGGCUGGCCUGGUGGACAAGGCGCGCGCGCAGUCGCUCGUCUCCACCACCACGGCGCGGCGGCUCAUCGUCUACAUUGCGCACCUGCCGGCCAGCGCUUUGCUGUUCGUGCUGGGCUACAGCGGCUGCGACCCCGCCGUGCCCGCAGCCCUGUACACGGCCGCCGUCGUCGUCACGGGAGCCACCCCCGCCGGCGCCAUCGCCAGCUGCAUGGACCUGGCGCCCAACUUCGCAGGCGUGGUGCUGGCGGUCAGCCAGACGGUGGGCGCCGCGUCCUCACUGGCUGCCGCAUACGUCGUCAGCGAGGGGCUUCACGGGUCGCUGCCUGGCUCUUGGCGGAUGGUGUUCGGCGUGUCAGCGCUGGUGCUCACGUUCACGGGCAUCAUCUUCAUGGCGCUGGGCAGCGGCAGCGUGCAGUCAUGGAACUUCGUAGCGAGCGACAUGCAGCAUCAGCAGCAGGUGCAGGCGUCGCCCUCUGUACCGGCCACGCCGUCCCCACGCCAGCAACAGCCGCGGGAGCAGCAGCAGCAACAGCAACAGCCGCGGGAGCAACAGCAGCAGCAGCAGCAGCAGCAACAGCAGCAGCAGCACACAGACUCCGCACCGCAGCCGCUAGAGGUCUCCACCAUGAUGAUCGCGCCAGCCACCGGUGGCUGCAUCGUCUGAUUGUGACGUCAGCCACGAACCCGCCGUCCAUCGCUCCCAUGCCCUGUGACGCAACAUUUUCACUUCAGUGGAUAGCUGUUAAUGACAAAUUUCUCUGGCGUUUUGAAUCGGUCUUCACGCUGCCAAUGCAUGCAGGUCACGAUACCGGUAGGGAAUGCCCGCUGCAGUGGACUGAGUGAAUUUGCAGCCUCAGGACAGAUUGAAAACGCAUAAGUAGAGACCAUUAACAGCUGUCCACUGCAGUUGGCGCUAUGCGCCACGGGGUUAAUGUACUGAAUGUUCUGAUGAAAAAUAAAGCACUGCUAUGUGAUUUUUGAGAGGUUUCUGGAGUUAUAGAUACAAAGCACAUUGUCGAGUGAGUGGACGUGUUUGACAAUGACUUUAUUGACUUUGGCACAUGGGGCAUGCAACGCUUUUACAAGUGGCCUUACACGUUGGCCCUAUGUCAGUACCCGGAUAUAAAUUUAAUAAAGCAGUAUGACGAAAUUAAGGGGAAAAAAACGAAACCAUCGCCUUUAAAAAUUAGAAGAUUUCCAAGUGCUAUUAAGUGACCUCAUUAACGUAGUCGCAGAUGUCCGAGUGUAUAGCGCGGAAGUGUCUCUGGUUCAAAUCUCACAAGUAGUCCUUUACAAUUUUAUUAAAAUUUUGUGUUUAUUAACAAAUGGAAACGUUAAAUAACAAUAUUGAACACAAAAUUUUAAUAAAAAUUUCAUCAUUGUGUUUUUGAUUGCUGGUCAUAUGAAAAUAAAUUAAAAUUUGAUGCAGAUAGGUGAAAUGCGUUACUGUUA